ACACACACACAGAGUCAGACAGUCAGACUCGACAAGGCGAGGCGCUGGGACCCUUACCGUUUACCUCUCAUCUUAAUCAUUAAAUUUUCUCUAUCUCCGUCAUUCGCCCGACUUGAAACUUACACAGCGAAGAGAGGAAUUACCAAAGAACAUGUGAUAACAGUGGGAAGUGCGAGAAACGGCGAUAAAUAAGAGAAAAAUGAAAAAAUGUAAAAGGGUGUGUUUGUGAGAGACGGAAAAGAUUUAGCAGUGAAUAAUGUUCGUCUCUCUCAGUCCUUCCUCGUCUGCUCCUCCUCCAGUGUGACAGGAGGAGGAGGAGGAGGAGGAGGAGGUGGAGGAGGAGGUGGAGGAAGGACAGGUGGAGGUAGUGGAGAUGAGAGGGAAGCUGUCUACGCACAAAUAAUGAAGGUUGUGAGGAGAUGAUGCCUGAUGAACAAGACACAACGAUAAUGGAAAGAGGAGGAGGAGGAGGAGAAGGAGAAGAAGAAGGAGGAGGAGGAGGAGGAGGAGGAGGAGAAAGAAGAGUGGAAACAACAACAACAACAACAACAACAACAACAACAACAAUGAGAGUGCACAAAAAUGACAAAAUAUUAACCUCCCCUCCCCUGUCCCCUUCCACAGUGAACGGCGCCCCUCCUUACCUGAACGGCGUGAGGGAGGAGGAGGAGGAGGAGGAGGAGGAGGAGGAGGAGGAGGAGGAGGAGGAGGAGAGAAGAAAGUAGAGAAUGAAAACUUUGGAUACACACAAAGACAAGACAAACUGAUUGAAACUAGGAAUACAUCUCUAUUCUCUUCUUUCAUCUCCUCCUCCUCCUACAUGCCCGUGGAGGAGGAGGAGGAGGAAAGAAGGAGGAGGAGGAGGAGGAGGAGGACGAGCUGUAUAUCCAAGAGGAAGAGGAGGAAGACGAACAAGAACUAUACAGAGAAGAAAAUCCUUUUAAUUUUGAUCUGCAUGGCACAAAUUUCGUUUUAGAUAGGUCCGAGUUGCAAAUCGGGCCGAAAUCUGUAUACAACAUCACACCCCGGGGGACUGGAGGGUUCGGCGCCCCCCUGAGCAACCCCCAGGACACCCCAGACGUCCCACAAGCCCCAGGGGUCCACGUAUCUCACUCCGCGCCUGAUAUGGGGAAGGAAGGAAGAGUGGAUGAUUUGAAACCACUUAACACAAAUGGCAGCGCUCAUUCACUCCACAUUAGCAUCCACACACCUCCUGUCCACCCAGUACCCGCAUAUGACCCCCCUCUACCCACACACACGCACAAGUACCCACACACACACGCACAGACCUUACAGACACACGCACAGACACACAAUUCUCUUCACCAAACUCAGUCAGCACCCGGUUUGUCGCCCACUCCUCAAAUCCCGCCUCUUCCACGCCCAGGGUCCCGCUCGACUAUUCCCCCAGUGACUACAGCCGCCCACACCCCCACCCGCUCUGUUACUAAUCUCGGAAUGACGCCCACGCCCACAGCCACCCCCACAGGAAUGAUUAAUAUUAGUGAAGGAGGAAAUAUGGUAAUGGGAACGCAGAUUGUCAUUCAUUCUGCGUGUGGUAAGCACAGUGACACCACCACUACGGACACCACCACCACCACCACCACCACAGACACCACCACCACCACCAACACUGCCCUGUCGACCCUCCUGGCAGAAGUGAGAGAGAAGCUGUCCACUGUUUACAUUCGGCAGACGAAGACCUCAUUCUUGCCGUGGCUCAAAGGACAUCAAGUUAUCCCAAUGACUGAAUUCUACACUGCCUCCAGGAUCAUUGCCGUGGAUAAGCAGGGGAGACAGACAAGCAGGAGUGUAGAUUUGAUGGAUAAGUUAGUGAAUGAGGAAGAGACGCGGUACCUGGUGGAGGGGGAGCCUGGAAUGGGAAAGACACUGCUGGCUCUCAAGUUAGCCAUAGACUGGGCCAACAAAACCAGCCUGCAGGAGUUUAAGUUCGUGUUUCUCAUCUUUUUAAGGGAUUUCAAAGGGAGUCUUGAGCAGUAUGUCAAGGAGGAACUGCUGCCCUCACACUUCAAGGAAAAGUUCCGCCAAGUGUGGGAUUACUGCAAAGAAAACGAGGAGCAGGUCUUGUUUAUCCUGGACGGCUACGAUGAACUGCAGAAGGAGGAUGAAGGAGACAUACGAAAGCUUCUACACAACCACCAGGACUUCCAGAACAGCAAGGUGGUCGUGACAGCGAGACCAGACGUGUUGAAGACCAUAGCCGAACGCAUGGUUGUCAAGGGUUUCAAUGAGGCACAAAUGAUUGAGUUUAUCACCAAAUAUUUCCGGCUGGUGAACGAGGAUGAGAACGGAAGGUGCCUGAGGAAGAUUAUGGAGAAGGACGGGAAAUAUAGACAGCUGGCAGAGCGACCUUUGUUUUGCGUCCUCCUGUGCAUGUUGUAUGGUUCUGUCGGAGCGAGUAAGCUGCCGGACAGACUGAGUGACAUGAUGUUCAAGAUUAUGCUGUGUCUCAUUAAGUGGAAUAUCAAAAAGGUGGACUUGCGAAUGGAGGAAAGCAUGGAGGCCUUCCCAGCGGAGUAUGACAGUGUGUUUUUGAGUUUCGGUAAGCUGUGUUUGGAUGCGUUACGGACAGAGAAGACACGAUUUAGCGAGAAGGAGAUUAAGGAGGUAGAGAAUUCAGACCUGCUUCUCCAUCUAGGCUUCCUCUCCAACGACAGCGAAAAUAACGUACUCGGACACAAGAAAUUCUGGAAACCGGUGCACAAAAUAUUUCUAGAGUACUUGGCUGGUCUGUACAUCGCUCAACACAUCCAGUCACACCACCGCGGGCCGUGUCGACAAUGCAGGGAGUUCUCUACGGUGUACAGGCACGAACAUGUGUUGAAAUUUGUGGUGGGGAUCCUUGGGAAGAACGCACACUUAGCCCUAGACUACCGUAGACUUCAAGCGCCGUUACAAAUGCGAGACCAGCAGUUAUUGAUGCUUCUACGGGAGACUGAAGCAACGAGAGACAACUGCAGUGCUAUCGCCAGGCUCUUAGACCGAAGGAACGCUGUCAUCUACACAAGCGACAUUGAUUUUGAAGGCUGGCGUUACAUUUUAGCACAAAACGUCAAGCAUCUCAAAUCGCUGGAGAUCGUAUGGCGAAUCAAAAGCAGCAAUCCGGACCAGGAGAGCUCAUUCAACGAGGCAAGUCCGGAACUGUAUCGGGAUUUCUUCAACGCUCUCCGAUCCAACACAAGUAUCACCAGCCUAAGUAUUCGCGCCAUGCAGGAUGGGGAGCCUUUCUCAGACCCCAAGAUUGAGUUAUUCUUCUCCCACCUGCAGCGAGUCUUAAACAAGGAGAACCUGAAGGAAUUGGAGAUUAAGGAGCUCAACAUGAUGGCAUCUAAACCUCUCCGACGGGCGCUGGAGGGGGCUACUUGUAAUAUGGAUAGGAAGGCGUUAGACUCCCUGGAACGGCUGCAUCUUGAUAUGUACUUGCGGGACGAAGAUUUAGAGGUGAUCUGUGACCGACUCAAGAGAUGCGCUGGCAACUUAAGGGAACUGCAACUGAGAGGGCUGGAACACGGCCGUCGGGGGUUCGGAAACCUUGUGGAGCUGCUGAAGAAGAACAAGAACCUACAUACUCUUUGCUUGUCAAUGAACAAGGAGAAGCUGAUGUAUGGGUCAGUUGGCUUCAUGACACCCUCGGAUCUUCACGCUGAACAAGUCCACAUGCCGAGAUACGCCAACAGGAAGAGCAAGGACGCGUUCAGACAGCAGGAGCAGGAUCAGCGGCCGCCCUGCCCUCCCGCCCCGCUGCAGUACCCAACUCGCGAGCUUAGUUACCUCUUCAAUGACCCUCUCCACACGGGCACCAAACACUCGGUAGAGGCACGCGGGUACUACUUUAUCUGUGGCGGUGGUGAAAGCAGGCUACCACUCCCGCUGUGCAUCAGUAGUCAACACCAGUCAGUCUUCCAUAUGCUCUUCUCGGCCGUCGCGGAAAGCUGUCUUCGUAAUCUUACCUUAGUUGACCCCUGCCUAUACCUGACCACCGCUGACUUGGUGUGUCUUGGGGAUGCCAUCAGACGCACUAGGCACCUGUCCAUGCUCAAACUAUCCGGCCUCUCGGCAAUGCACUACAUGCCAAUACUCCUCGGCCUUGGACAGUCGCAGAGUUUGAAGACAGUGCGGUUAGAGUCUCCAAGUGUCACCCUCACAGAUCGGGCGUACCACCUUGCCUGCACUGCCCUCAGGCACAAUACGGCCCUGCGCUCUCUCUCCCUUGCACAUUGGGAGUUUUGUUUACAGGACAAAGCAACAGCAAAACAAUAUCUGAAGGAUCUUUUGAGCUGUUGGCGUGUGGAGGACCUUAAUCUUAGUAACUGCAUCAUAGACGUGAGUGGGGGCCUGUCCUCCUCUCCCCCGCUGCUGCCCCCGAUCCUGCCCCCCAUCCAUGCCCCAACACAGCACUGGUCCGCCAUUAAGACCCUUAGACUAUCGGAGGUGAAAGUAAAAGACUCCCCAGGAUUUCUUCAGAGGGGUCACUUGCUCCUACCAAUCCUUCGGUGUUGUCCCAACCUGACAUGCCUAGACUUAUCAGCUGGCUACGCCCUCCGCACCUCGCUGGACGAUACCGCCACCAUCGCCUUCUUCGAGCUCCUGCAAGCGAACUUCAGGAGACUACGUGAACUGACUCUGGGUAACUGGGAAUUCAAAUUUUCCCAUUACGAGAAGACAUGUGCUCGAAUAGGUCAGAUCGCUCGCUCCUGCCAUGACCUACGAGUUCUGACGAUGGAUAGAGUGAUGGAGGUACGAUCUGGGUUGGCUAUCUCCCUCCCUUGUACCUAUACUUUCCUUCACCAGCUUGUCAAUAACCUGCCAAAACUUUGCGAGCUGUCACUUUGCUACUACAAGAUCGACCACGUGGAACUUGAUGUAGAGGCCGCGUCGAGACUCGCCUCCUGCCUUCACGACCACUGGACAUCCCCUACCAGGUUUAAAUUGAAGGUUUUCGGUCUCUCAGCGCGUGUGGAGGCGGCCAUUCAUGAAGUCCUAGGGAAAGAAGGGUUUAGUGUGAAAGUUAGCGAGGAGUACCCAAGGGUGUUCAGUGUCCGCCGUCCACCGUGGGUAUUUCUUGCUAGCUGAAAAUUCCGGGCGGCUGUGUCCUAUUCUGCUCACUAGGGAAGGGUUGUAGGAUGGGGUAGGACUGUAGGAUGUGCUACGAUACGUUUGGAAGACAGAAUGCAUUGUUUUUUUUUUUUUUUUUUUUUUUUUUUAAGAUGGGAAAAGAGGAGAAAUGUUAAAUGCAUGUUUGGAAAGGGAGGAAAAAGGAAGAAAUACAGAAAUGUUUUGUAUUUUUAGAAUACAUGAAGGAAAUGACAAAUACUAAAUGCUUGUUUGGAGAAGGAAAAAAAUGCAUAAAUGUUUGUUUUAGGAAUGAUGUGAAGGAAAAAUGGGACUGUAGGAUAUGUUUGGAAGAUAGAAUGCAGUUGUUUUGUUUGCUUGUUUGUUUUUAAGAUGGAAAAGUGGAGAAAUUCUAAAUGCUUGUUUGGAGAAGGAAAAAAAUGCAUAAAUGUUUGUUUUUUGGAAUGAUAUGAAGUAAAUGGGACUGUAGGAUGUGUUUGGAAGAUAGAAUGCAGCCUGUUUGUGUGUUUUAAAGAUGGGAAAGUGAACAAAUACUAAAUGCUUGUUUGGAAAAGGGGAAAAAAUACGAAAUGUUUGUUUUUUGGAAUGAUAUGAAGGAAAUGGGACUGUAGGAUAUGUUUGGAAGAUAGAAUGGAGUUGUUUUGUUUGCUUGUUUGUUUUUAAGAUGGAAAAUGGAAAAAUACUAAAUGAUUGUUUGGAAAAGGGGAAAAAAUACGAAAUGUUUGUUUUUUGGAAUGAUAUGAAGGAAAUGGGACUGUAGGAUAUGUUUGGAAGAUAGAAUGCAGUUGUUUUGUUUGCUUGUUUGUUUUUAAGACUGAAAAGUGGACAAAUACUAAAUCUCUGUUUGGAGAAGGAAAAAAAAUGCAUAAAUGUUUGUUUUAGGAAUGAUAUGAAGGAAAUGGGACUGCAGGAUGUGUCAUAAAGAUACAUUUGAAGGACAAAGAUGAGGACUCUAGUUGUCUUUAGAAGGAUAUAAUGUCCUGUUUGUGUUUGAGAUGGGAAAUGAAAGCAAAUUAAGAGUAGAUAAGCUGAAAAAAAAAAAAUGAGAAAAGAUAGAGAGAGAGAGAGAAAAUAAUUGAAGAUACGAAGAGAGAGAGAAAGGAAAAGAUAAGAAAAGCAAACCAA